AUGCUGGCACUGCCCCCGGUGGUUCAGGCCGCAGCGGAGCGUGCAGUAUUUGCCCAUUACAUGGUCGGCACCACCGAUACUGCUCAUGCGGAGCAAGACAUCGAAGAUGCUAUUGCGAUGGGAAUCGAUGGCUUUGCUCUCAACGUCCAAUGUCCAAAGGAUUCCUUCGCCACGAGCCUGGUCAACGACAUGGCUAAAUAUCUGCAGACCGCUAAACCCGACUUUAGCAUCUUCAUCAGCAUGGAUGUGUACGCGUCCGGCAGCCCUUCGUGCGGCGCGACCCCUAUAGAUUAUGUCAGUAUGGUGCAGAAUGCCAUGAGCUCCGGAUAUUACACGCAGGUCGAUGGGAAGAUGUUGGUGAGUACCUACAGUUCCGGUGGAGGCACCUGGGAGACUUGGAACGAGUUCAAGAACCUGGUGGCUGUAGCCGGCGAUGGUGACCCGGGCUAUGAGGUGUAUUGGGUCCCUGACCUGGAUGACACCGACGGCUACUGGGAGAGUGAUGGCGGCUGGUGGUACUACUGGGGCAAUCUCACCGAUGGAGUCUUCAGUUGGGAGUCCGCUUGGCCGGCCCUCGGCCAGCAGGCGUCGGCCCAGACGGGGGGUGUUGGAGGUCUGGCCCGGGAUCAGGUCAUUAUUGAUGCUGCGGAGCAAGAGGGUGUCUCCUACAUGAUUCCCUUGAGUCUCAUGCAGUAUAAGAACUCGUAUGCGACCAACGUCUAUCGUCAGGGAGAAGAGAACUUUAUCCAACGCAUGCAUGAUAUCUUGGGAGUGACGAGCGAGACUCUGCGGUUCGUGGAGUACAUCACCUGGAAUGAUAGUCCGGAAGGCCAUUACAUCGGCAAUGUCUGGCCGGAGCAGAACACCGACGUGGCGCCCAACAACUAUGCCAAUACCACCAUCUGGCCCCACACAGGCUUCCAGCCCAUCAUUCAGUCCUUUGCGACCGCCUUCAAAGCGUAUCAGAGUGCAUCAGACAUGCGGCCCCAGAAUGGAAACGACGCGGUCGGCGCCAUCUGGUACCACACGCUCGCCUUCGAUGAUACCUGUCCCUUUGAAGGCAUUGGAGAGUAUACGUUCUGGGACAAACCUGCAGGCUAUGACACCUUUUCCCUGACCACCCACUGGGCCAUUGUCCUGGAUGAUACGGUUGACGGAUAUGCCCCGAGUGACCUGGAGCUCAUUAUCACGACCGCUACUGACGAUCAAGUUGUGGUGAGCGAUUUGAGCGCCGGGCUGAAUUUCGCACAGGGGCCAAAUGUCAACGGAGGUAGCAGUGUUUCCAUGAUCCUGGCGCCAAAGUCUGGGAGCACGGUUCUCUACACAGCCUCUGGCGGCAAAUGCCCGGCGUCAAGCUGCCUGGAGGGAUUCUACAACCUGAAUUACCAGGUCUUGCCGCUGGUCAAGGGUGAUACCACCACCGGUUGCACCUACGAGGAGACCGUCCUGCGGUACACCCCGUUGAACACCACCGCCAAUGUGACUAUUGAUUGCGACUAUGUCAAGACCUCGCUAUCGGCGGUGGACGCGUGGAAAACAAGUCAGGCUGGCCUGGCUAUGGAAUUCGAGAUCACUCGGCAUGCACUAUCAACCAGCCAUGCUCUUACCACCACCCUGGCCAACAUCGACACACACUUCACGAAUUUCACUUCCAUCGGCACCACCGAUUGUGCGGAUAUCAACGACGACAGCUCCUGCCAGCUGCGCGACACCUGUCCGUCGGUCAAUGACUACGUGCCCUACUUUUUUGCUCAACGUUCCUUCUCCAUCUUCCAACGGUGUCUGCGCGAGAUGUCCACCGAUGUCUUCGAAGAGGGAUUCAUUUCCGCACUGAGUAUCAACAGCCUAGUCCAAGACGUCACCGCGUAUCUCACCCCCAAGAGCGACGAAGCGGAGAUUGUCAAGAUCAUGGGGGCUCUGGCGGCG